AGGAUCGUAGACGAUCCCAGCACAGACGAGCUAAUAGGCUGGGGCAAAGAUGGCCGCUCAUUCUAUGUGAGUGAUGAUGAACGAUUCGCACAAGAAAUCCUUCAGCCGUGGAUUGGGCAUCACAUAUUCAAGAAUUUCGUAAAGCAAUUGGACAUGUACGACAUCCGAGGAACGAGCCAACCACCGCAGGGAGACAUCAAGGACAGCCGCUCGCAAUCAUGGAUCUUCACGCAUAAAAGCUUUCUUCGCGGACAUCCGGGCUUGCUGCCCCUAGUUAAGCGCAGAACGCUG